UCACUUAAAUGUACUUAGUGACACUCAACAACAUUAUGCUAGUUAAAAGUUAUUAAAGCUGUUUAAACAAAGUAAUCAACAGAAUUAAAACAACAUUUCUUUGUCUAGAUUUCUACUCCCACUGAUUCUAUUUUGAACUCUGGAGUCUGGAUUAUCUAAUUUUUUGCAACUAUUGUCUUAAUACCGUGAAAGGCUGUAUGGUCACUUGUGAUUCAGUCACACAUAUAAAAGUCUUCAUCCUCUGAGUGUAUGUGUCCAGGCUGGGCAGCUGAGCAGUGUCUGAACAGUGAUUGCAGUCAGCAGAUUUACCUCUGUGGAGAAGAAAAGAAAAAGCUUCGACAUGGACUCCAACGGUGCAGGCAACGUUCAGUAUAAUCGCUGGAACGAAGACAACAUCAACAUGAAUGUUGAGGCGUCACAGUCAACUGGGAUCCACAACAGAGUGUGUGUCGGCAGCACUGGAUUAGCAAUAAAGGUGGCAGGAGCUUUGGCUGCACUGGUGUCCAUUUACAUCAUAGGAUACGUGACGGGAUACUACGUCCACAGGUGCUGAUUGUGGAGCCCAAAGAGGAGCAAAAAGAACUGCAAGAUUAUGUAUAAAACACAAAGACUACAUGUCAAGUCUUCCUGUUGGCCGUAGUUGUCUAUCUGUCAUCAAUGUAGUUUAUGAUGACGUAAACUUUGUAAAUGUUGAUUUUAUAAUGCUUUCUUAAUAAAACUGCCCUGAUGCAAACAUGAA